UAAGAAACAGAAAUGAAAAAUACGUAGGACAGAGAGCAAUUCUGAGAAAAAAAGAAAAAGAAAAAGAAAAAGGGGUGACAGAUCGAGAGCGGCAAGGGCGGAGGCGAGAGUGACCGGAGCGGCAUUGUAGGCAACUAUUACAGAGUCAGACGGAGCGUGGGAGAGAAAAGAGGAGCGGCAGUUAUGUUUCUGCUGUGAUUUUCUUAAGUAGCGCGGAACGAUGGCAGACGAUUCAAUGCAAUUAAGGAAGGCAAGAACAAGAACAAGAACAAGAUGGGGAAGCCCAAGAAAGAUAUCAUUCGUUUAGAGAAAGAAUCUGUGAUUGCAAUUCCCAGGAAGAGACUCGUCAGCGAACUCGGAAUGACAAUGAAAUCAAAGGAGCGCAGGGAGGCCUUCGAUUUGCUUUGCGACAGGAUUGAGUACACUGUUCGGGCUUGGCAUCAUUUAAGAUUUGAUAUGAUGAUGUUUCUGUACUCCUAUUUUGAUCCUGUCAAACUAACCCAAAAGUCGCAUCAAGAUUCAAUAAAAGAGAUCGGAAGUGCCGUUUAUGUGUUUGAACAAAGGUUCCUCAAGUACUUAUUUCAGGUGAUGGAAAAGAGUAAUUUUAGGAUUGCAGAUAAUGAAGAAAUUGAGCUUGCGAAUUCAGGGCAGUAUCUUCUACGUCUUCCCAUCGUGGUCGAUGAGUCUAAGCUUGACAAUAAACUUUUGAAGAAAUAUUUUGAAGAUCAUCCUACUGAAAACAUUCCAGAGUUCUCUGAUAAGUAUGUCAUCUUCCGACGUGGAAUUGGACUUGAUAAGAAAACUGAUUGGUUUUUUAUGGAGAAGGUGGAUAUGAUCAUCGCACGUUUUUGGAAAUAUCUAUUACAAAUGACUAAGUUAGACAUAUUUUUCUUUAAACCACCACAUCAGAAGAGGGAUUCAGAGUCUGAUACAGAUGAAGAUGACUUCUUUGUUGAACGAAUUCGUUUAGAAAACAUGGAACUAAGCUUUCAAAAUUUGUUCCUUAAGAACACAAUCCAGGAACCAACUUUUGAGAGGAUUAUCGUUCUUUACAGGCAAGCUACUACCGGGGAUAGUCCAGAAUGGGGAAUACACAUUAAACAUUUCAAAAAUAUCCCAAUGGCUGAUUUGGAGAUAGUUCUUCCUGAAAAGAAGAUGCCAGGUUUAACACCAAUGGACUGGCUCUCGUUCAUAGGCUCUGCUGUAGUUGGUCUGGUUGCUGUUUUUACUUCUAUUGAAACAUCUAAAGUCGAUUUAUGGGUUGUUUUUGCAAUUCUUUCCACUUUGAUCGGUUACUGUGCUAAGACAUAUUUCAGUUUUCAGCAGAACUUAGCUGAAUAUCAAAAUUUGAUAACUCAGUCCAUGUACGAACAACAACUAGAUAGCGGAAGGGGAACUCUUCUUCACUUGUGUGAUGACGUGAUUCAACAGGAAGUCAAGGAAGUAAUAAUUGCGUUCUUUGUGCUAACUAAAAUAGGGAAAUCUACGUUACCGGAUCUGGACGACCAGUGUGAGAAGCUGAUAAAAGAAAUGUUUAAUGAAGAAAUCAAUUUUGAUGUGGACGAUGCAAUUCAGAAGCUAGAGAAAUUGGGAAUUGUUACAAAGGAUAGCGAGGGACUGUACAGCAGUGUUGGGAUUAAAGGUGCUAACGAGAUCAUUGGCCCCACCACUGAGGAGGCUGUCGUCAAACUCGAGGCAAAGGAAUUUGUUACGACUCCUGCAGAGCGGGAACAAAUGUUUGCAGAUAUAGGUAAAUGGAAACCCCCUGAACAGGAGGCAGCCAAAUAGGCAACCAUUGCUGCGGGUCAUGAUCCUGGUCCUAUUCCUGGUGGCUCACGGCGGUGGCCGCUGCAACAAUGCUGCUGACGAUGUCACGCAUCCGCUCUCAUAAACUUUGUUCUCCUAAAUAUUGCCCGUGUUUAGUAGUACUAUUCGAAACAAGAUAUGAAAUAUUGGGGGACAUUUUCCCUUUUUUAGUCUUGUUUCUUUCUCCCGAUCGCCUCCUAAUGUACAUGAAUCAGCACUGUGAUUGCCCCAAAUAAUAAUAAAAAUGGAGUGCAGC